CCGUGCGCGCGUGUGAAACAUAAACGGGCCGGAAAGGAUCUUUACACCAACAAACGAGUGUUUAUGAAACUCCCCUUUACGCAGUGUAAACGGUGGCUUUAUUUAAUUGUCACUGCAACAAAGAAAAGAAAGUGAAAAUUUAUACUGAAAAGUUUGUCAACGUGACAAAAUCGUGCGUGUUUAUUUAAAUGUAUAACAAAAUGUCCAGUUAUGAAACUGCAUCGUCAGAUGGCGAUCUGUGUCACAGAGUUUGCGAUCCAGAUCCGUAUUAUGAAUCUGGCGGAACUUACUAUACGCAGCUCUAUCCAGCAGAUUCCCAAAAUACAGUGACAGGAGCUCAGGUGACCAGUGGAGGAGCCGGAGGAGGUGGUGUGAUCAUGAUGGAAGAGGAAGGAUACUGGGGCUCGCCGUGUAGUUCAAGCGAAUCUCACCCAGAGCUGAAUCGAGAUCGAUACUCACCUUCAUCGGUGAUCAAUGGUGCCAGUGGAAACGGUUCGAUCGCGGUGGGUACUGUUCGCAACCUCUCAUCCCACCACCACCACCAACUGCCCGACCAAUCGUCCUUGUCGACAUCGUCGCUGUCCUCGGCUUCUUCUACGUCCUCAUCCGUGUCGGCAUCUUCGUCACCAUACGGUGGAGCUGGCCAUACUCACCCCACGGGUGGUUACCAUCACUCCCAUCGUCAUCAAUCGCACGAACAGCACCACCAUCAACAAAUACCUUCGUCCAUGUACUGUUCGUCGAUUGUUUAUGAAAAGAGUAACGCCGCAAUGUACGUCCCAGACGAAGGAUACUAUGGUGGUGCAACUGGUGGAUCGGUUGACCCCGUUUCCGGCACUGCAGGAAAUGAACAACAGUCACAUCUGCACAUGGCACCGUCCUCUUCCGGAGUACUAUCUGGCAACGGUGUACCGGUAGUGCGCGUGGUUAAGCGACGUAAUACGGCCAACAAGAAAGAGCGGCGUAGAACACAGAGCAUUAACUCGGCUUACACCUCGCUGCGGGAUCGUAUUCCAAACGUUCCCAAUGAUACAAAACUUUCCAAGAUUAAAACACUCCGACUGGCCAUUUCUUACAUCGCCCAUCUGCUGGCAGUCGUGAACGGAAACCAGGACCCGUCGUGUGACUUCCGCGCAGAGCUGGUUCCCUCCUCCCGCAAAAUUAAUGCCGAGCGCCGUGCCCAGAAGUCACUAAUGCAAAACUUUACCGCCAAUGGAACCGCCACCUCUACGACAGCGACCAACCCGAGCCCACCGGUGACAACAGAAGGGCGCAAAAUCAAAGGACGCACUGGAUGGCCACAGCACGUUUGGGCAUUGGAAACGAAAACCACGAUCAAAUAAAGAUGUGUACGCUGUUGCGAGGAACCACGAUGCCAAAGAUGAAACCGAAUAGACGUCGAAGCAUCACGACAAAUUAGCACGCACUGGCGCCUAUUAUCAGACAAACAGGAGCACAAAAAAUAUUCCAACUAUACCCACAUUUAGGCUGGCGAUACUGCGUUCAGUGUAGGAAGGAAACAAGACAUAAAUACACUAAUCAUUGUAGAAAGUAAAAAGAACAGGCACUACCACUCGCGUCCGCUUUGCCACUUGGCUAUGGUAGCACCAUGUACAGAUGCUAUUAUUUCGUAUCGUUUCUCCACUGCUUUCGACUGAUCGACGCGUUCAAAAUACGGGAGGCUGUGCCAUUCUAGGUUUAUUAAAUAUUCAACUGAAAUUACGCUACGCAAAUAAAA